UGGCAAUGGCGUAAAAUCAAGUCCUUUCAAUCAUUGAUCUCAGUGUUGAAUUCUGAAAUAACCUAAUUUAUUGAUGGUUUAACAUUUACCAAAACAAACGGCAUUUUAAAGAGGAAGAGAUGGCUAACACAGAAGAAACGACGAGCAACGAUUCCGCAGAAGAUAGAUUGGUGCCUAGUGAGAGCAAUGAUGCUGGGUUAUCACCUGAUAACGUCGAUAUUAAUGCUCAAAUUGAUGAACAACGUGAAAGAAUGCAGCCAACCAAAAUGGAAUCGUUUUUUGCUAUAACCAAAUCCUUGAUACUAAGGGCUUUGGUUGUGUAUUUCAUCACCUCAAUGUUCCGUCAGCCGGCUGCUCCUAAACCAGAAGUGAAUUCUCCAACAGGGGCCCCAAGGAUUCCCUCCAUCAAUAUGUUUUCUAAUGGGACAGAAUUAGAUAUGUUUUGUUACUUAUCUGAAAAGGAGUUUUUUGGAAAAUUUGAAGAUGCUAAGUUAAUUUGGAAGCAUGAGGGUAUUACCUAUGGGGAUUGGUAUGCAGGACCAAACAAGGAUGGAACCUACACAUUUUCUACUACAAUUGAACCUUCACAUUCCUUAAAAAAUAAUGGCUCAAUUUAUCUUCAUGUGUUUAUAGUCCAAGCAGGAAAGUCGCCUGAUCCCAGGGACACAGAAAACUAUGCUGGGGACUUCAUCACCUAUGGAAAAAAGAUGGUUAACAAGUACAAGAAGCUACGCUACAUGAAAACACAUAACUUACUGACUGGCCAGACUGAAAAGUCAGAGGAGGAACAAAAGAAAGCGGAGACUUUAAAAGAAGAAAUUGUAUCUCAUUGGCAUCCUAAUUUGACUGUCAAUUUGGUGACGGAUCAGACCAAUUGGAUGCAAGGGAGCGUACCACCACCUCUAGAUGAGUUCAUAUACUUUGUGCCUGAUGGCAAGUACUACAAGCCAGCUGUGUUCCUAAAUGACUACUGGAAUAUGAUGAGAGAUUAUGUGCCAAUUAAUUCAUCUACAACUACUCUUGAGUUGCAGUUAACUUACCAGCCAUUGAGUUUGUUCAAAUGGCAGCUGUACACAGCACAAGCUAUGAGAGACAAGCUUAGCAUGUUCUCAGCUCUUGGGGCCGAAGAGCAAGAUGAGGAGCAGGACACAGUUAAGGAACUGCUCCUGGACACCUCCCCAUAUCUGCUGGCACUCACCAUAUCAGUCUCUAUACUGCAUUCAAUAUUUGAACUCUUGGCAUUCAAAAACGAUAUUCAGUUCUGGAACAACAGGCAAUCACUUGAAGGCCUCUCUGUGAGAUCAGUAUUUUUCAAUGUUUUCCAGUCAACUGUUGUACUGUUAUAUGUUUUGGACAACGAGACUAAUGUUAUGGUCAGAAUUUCAUGCUUCAUAGGUUUAUUGAUUGAAAUAUGGAAAAUUAACAAGGUGAUGGAUGUGAAAAUUAACAGAGAAAACAGAAUACUUGGUAUUCCAACAUUGAGUUUCACAGACAAGGGAUCCUAUGUACAAUCAAGCACUAGGGAGUAUGAUACUCUGGCAUUUCGCUAUCUCAGCUGGGCAUGCUUCCCACUGCUUAUUGGUUAUGGAGUUUAUUCCCUACUUUACCAAGAGCACAAGGGAUGGUAUUCUUUCGUUCUUAAUAUGAUGUAUGGAUACCUCUUGACUUUCGGAUUCAUCAUGAUGACGCCGCAGUUGUUUAUCAACUACAAACUCAAGUCAGUUGCCCACCUCCCAUGGCGAAUGAUGACAUACAAGUUCUUGAACACAUUUAUUGAUGAUAUAUUUGCAUUUGUGAUUAAAAUGCCAACUAUGUAUCGUAUAGGCUGUUUCCGUGAUGAUAUUGUAUUCUUUAUAUUCCUGUACCAACGUUGGAUCUACAAGGUGGACCACAAGCGGGUGAAUGAGUUUGGCUUCUCUGGUGAGAUGGAGCUGCAGCAGAGCCAGGAGAAGAAUGGCACCCCGGCCAUUACUGAAGGCGAGCCCGCUGAUAAGAAAAAUGACUAAGGCUUUUUGCCUGAAAUAAUAUUGUUGUUAUCAGUACAUUUCUGUCCUUAAUCUAAAAUUGAAAUUGGGCAAACAUAUUUAUUAUAAUCUAGUUAAUACGAUUUAUCUUACAUGAUGCUGGUGUAAGCUAAGGGAAGUAAAGAUUUGUGCUAGGAUAUCUGUUAAAAAUUCUAGCAUAAUUCUUUACAGCUUGUGUUAUGUACAUGGGUAUGUCCAUGCCAUUGCUGUUUUUAUUUACAUAAUAAUAUGUAUGAAGUGCGUCUUGGGGAUGUGUGAACCUUAUGUCUUGGUUUAAUUAAAUUUGCAUAUGAAUUAAAGUAUUAUACAA